AUGGGGUUCUGGUCGAAGCUGCGUGACUAUGACGCGUACCGAAAGCCCAUGGAUGAUUUCAGAGUUAAAACUUUUAGCGGAGGAUUAGUUUCAAUAAUAGCGGGAAUUCUUAUAAUCUUUUUAAUUUUCUAUGAAUUGAGAAACUACUUCACGGUCCAGACGACCGAGUUUUUAUACGUCGACGCAACAUCUUCUGAUGCUAGACUAGACAUUAACUUCAACAUCACAUUCCAUAAACUACCUUGCGCUUUUGUAACCGUAGACCUAAUGGACGUUAGUGGAGAGAAUCAGGAAAACAUCCAGCAUGAUAUUUACAAAUUGCCACUUGAUAGCGAGGGCAAGAACAUCUCUCAAAAUUUACAAAGAAUAGAAGCAAACGAAAACAAAACGCACGUACCAACAGAAUCUACAACUGUAGGUUGCGGCUCUUGCUAUGGUGCCCUACCCGAUGGAAAUUGUUGUAAUACUUGUGAUGAGGUGAAAGAAGCCUACCAACUCAAAGGUUGGCAAAUGAACUUGGAAGAAGUCGAGCAAUGCAAAAAAGAUAACUGGGUUUUAGCCUACGCAGAACAUAAAGGAGAAGGAUGCCAGGUUUAUGGGACAGUACAAGUUGCGAAAGUAGCUGGGAAUUUCCACAUCGCACCCGGAGAUCCUUACCGAACCUUUCAUUCCCAUGUACAUGAUUUGCAUUCCUUUGUGCCUACAAAAUUCGAUUGCUCACAUACCAUCAAUCAUUUUUCUUUUGGAAAUUAUUAUCCAGGCAAAGCCCAUCCAUUAGAUGGACGGCUAUUCGACGAAGGAAGAGGCGGAAUAAUGUAUCAGUAUUAUUUGAAAAUUGUCCCUACGUCAUACUAUUAUUCGAAUGGGACAGUAGAGCAUAGUCAUCAAUUCUCUAUCACUUCAAAGAAAAAAGAUCUUUCUAAAGCGCUGGAUGGAGUUACUGGCUUCUUCGUGAUCUACGAGUUCAGUCCCCUUAUGAUACACAUGGAGGAAAUGAGAAAAUCUAUCAUCAGUUUUGUUGUUUCGCUGUGUGCCAUUGUUGGAGGUGUUUUCACCGUCGCCCAACUCAUUGAUUCAAUGAUCUAUCGGGCAGAGAUGGCACUCGAACGGAAACGAAGCAUGAACAAGCUUGGUUGA